CAAAUACACAGAUAGGAACGUGUUCUAAUUAAUACUCACAUGUGCUCCCCUUUUAGGCUUUUUUUACAGAAAAGUACUUGCAGGAGCAUCCCGAAGACCAGGAGAAGAUUGAGCUGCUAAAACGACUGAUAGCAUUGCAGAUGCCCCUGCUGACAGAGGGGAUCCGCAUCCACGGGGAGAAGCUGACAGAGCAGCUAAAGCCACUGCAUGACCGGUUGUCUUCUUGUUUCCGGGAACUCAAGGAGAAAGUGGAAAAGCUCUACGGUGUCAUAACGCUGCCACCCACCUUGACUGAGAGGAAGCAAAGCCGCACAGGGUCUAUUGUACUACCCUACAUCAUGUCAUCUACGCUGCGGAGAUUGUCCAUCACCUCAGUGACUUCCUCGGUGAUUUCCACCUCUUCUAACUCAUCCGAUAAUGCUCCUUCCAGACCAGGAUCCGAUGGGUCAAUCCUGGAGCCACUUAUGGAGCGCAGGGCUUCGUCAGGUGCCAGAGUUGAAGAUCUGCCCCUCAAAGAGGACAGUGAGAACCGGAUCAGCAAGUUCAAGAGAAAAGAUUGGAGCCUCAGCAAGUCCCAGGUCAUUGCAGAGAAAGCGCCAGAACCUGAUCUGAUGAGCCCAGCCCGAAAAGCGCAAAGACCAAAGAGUCUCCAGUUGUCGGACAAUCGGCUGACGCCAUUUCAUGGUUCUUCACCUCCUCAGUCAACGCCCUUGAGCCCACCUCCACUCACUCCUAAAGCCACCAGGACCCUAAGCUCCCCAUCUUUGCAGACAGAUGGGCUGAUGACUACUACUGUCCCGCCUCCCCCUCCCCCCAAAAGCAAGCCCUACGAGAGCAGCCAGAGGAACUCCGCGGAGAUUGCCCCUCCGCUUCCGGUCCGCAGAGAAGCCAAAGCCCCACCCCCACCACCUCCCAAAGCUCGGAAAUCUGGCUUCCUUUCUUCUGAGCCCGGAUCCCAGUAAGGAUCUUGCCACCCUGUCUCCGGAACUCUGAACACCUUGAACAGCUGAGAGGAGGCCCUGUCCUCAUUCCCCAGGGCCUCUGGCUGACCCCCCACCCCCUUCCUGAUCUGGGGUCAGCUGUACCAGCUCAAAACUGGUUGUUCUUUGAAAGACUUCUCUGAAAGAGGCCGAAGGCCACAUCUCCUCCCGCCCGCCCACAUGAAUUCCAGAAUUGGUCGGGUCCUCUGUUUCUCAAAGGAGAGAUAUCUCCUCACCGUGAUUAAAUUCCGCCUCCAGCGCAGAGGCCACCGCAGCCUACAGAAGCCUGGCUACGUUCUUCUAUGGCGGUCUUGGAGCAACCCCAGGAACCUCCACUUUGGAAGGAUUUCUUGCUUUGCUUGUGAAAAGCUAUGCUUGAGACUUGGUUUUCUCACGUGGACACACCAUGCCCUGAAUAACAUUGGAAGAGACGUGCAUCAGGGACUUUGGUAGCCAAAAUAAUCCUAUCUUCCUGAAGUCUGCUUGUGUCUCCUUUAAGGAAAAGAACAUCUUUGUAAUGAAGAUGGGCUACUUUCAUGUGUGACUAGUCAUCAUUGUUGAAAACACAUGGACUCGACUGUGAGGUCUGAGCUCCCGUCUGCCCCCAUGCCAGCUACUGCGUGUGGUGUGGGAACCCUCCUGGGAGGCCCUCGCACUCCUGACCCCCUGGCUGUCACCACACCGAGUCACUCCUUCCUGCUACAGACUCUCUUGAAGCUCUUUCUUUUGCACAGUUUCUUGCCCUGUUACCUCCUCUGAGUGCAAAUCACUGGACAGAAGGGACUUCGAAGCCCGGGUUCAGCCGCUUCUCUUCCAGAUCGUGUUUGGAUGGCUCAGCGGCCCCUCUCUGCCCCCUGAUUUUACCCUGGAGAAUACAGUGCAAUAUCUCCCUUUGAUUAUUUAUUCCUCAUGAUUGUGGAAUUAAUUUGAUUACAUGUUUAUGGUACUAAGUCAGUAGUCCUUUUGGAAGAAGAAAUGGGGUGAUUUAGAUGAUCAAAUAUUACAUACACCUACACAAACCCCACAAGGUUGGAGACAUUUUGAGCUAGAAGGACCUUAAAGUUCAUACAAACAACCCCCUCGUUUUGUAGACAAAACGGAAAAUCUGACUACAGAUUCUUACUAACAACGCAGCUUGCUAAUUGAGGCUCUAUCCCCAGAUAACACUUAGAUCAAGAAGACAACCCUGACAUACUCCAUGAUGAAUACCUACCCCUAGUUGGAACAACAGUGGAAAUGUCCUGGGUAUUUCUAUACCACUUUGACAUUUAUGGCAAAGUAGAAAGCUUUAUGUGGAUCCCCUAGGUCAGCACGUGGGGAAGCUCACCAGAGUCCCUUUGGUAACUGGGCCCAGUCCCCUUCCCCACCUACCCAGCCCCAAGGUAGAGAGAGAGAGGAAAGAGAUUUCACCUCUGAGAAUGCGGAUUUGCUUGCCUGCUUCUUUGCGUACCCGUUUCAAUACCACCUUUCUUAGAAGAGACCUUCUAAUGGUUCAGAGAGUCAGGGAAAGACGUGGCCAGCAAUCCUCAAGCAGUUAGUGUGCAUAUUUAAAAGUGGUGAGGAAAAGGUGGUUCUUCACCUCCACUCAGGGGAACCUUCAAAGGGAUAGACUAGAGAAAAGCUGGGCUUUGGAAGUAAACCAUCUGGUCUCCGACCAUCCCAGCUGUGUCAUCUGUUAACUUUGCAAAUCCCCUAAAUUCUUUGCAAUCAUCUGAGCCUUCAUUUCUUCCCCUUCUGAUACAGGGAACAGUACCUGCCACACAGAUGAGAUUCAAACAAGAUCGGCUGUGUGGAGUAGUAGGAACGAAAUGAUCCGUCCUUUCCUCUGCUCGGCCUGAGUAAGAUCUGGAAUUCUCUAAGAGCAUUAUUGAUAUUUUUUCCCCCUGAGGUAAUUUGGAAAGUGAGUGCAAGUUAGCUGUGCGCAUACAAUCCCUUUUAAAAAAAAAAAAUGGCAUCUUUUAGAAUCUCUUACAUAAUUAUUUAUGACUAAAGAAGAAGUGUUAAUAAGAACCAAAAAGGAUUUUAGUGGAAAGAAUUCAACGAAGAGAAGGAACAGAAAGGUUAUAUGGGGCUUCUGUGGAGCCCAGAGCAGCUUCUGAGAAGUUGCCUCGCAGACUGGCUAGCGGGGAUCUGUAGGUCUCACCCGAUUUUUCAGGCUGCCUUUCAAAUAGAAAGAUGUAAGCUGGUCACAAAAAAUACCAAACCUCAAGCAUGACCCUUCAGAGCAGUGCAAGUGAGUUCUGCAGUGUGGUCUUUGAUCAGGGGCUGGGGAAGUCUGAUACGCUGGUGCCCAAGUACCUUCCCUUUUUUAACAGAACAUUUUUCCAACUGAUUCCCCUUCUAUCUUAAUGAAAAUACUAAGUCUCUCCUGCCUGAAUAGAAAGGAUUCUAGGUAAUGGUGUGGAUACCAGAUUACAGGGAACAUGGGGGAAGGCAUUGGGUCAGAAAGAGUCAUGUUUGACAAAAGAUCAUAAAUCACGUCUGUCCUGAAGUCAAAGAGGAAGACUGCAAGGAAAUGCCUUAUGAUUACAUUGCAUAUAGGAGAGAUGAGGGGCCAGGAAUAAAAGAGGAAAGAACUGGUCUUUAUUUCCCUUGAUAAGAACUCUGGAGUACUGAAGGACAUUGAAAGUAGCCCCCAAACUGUCACAACCUUUGUGGAUGUCACAACCUUAUGGGAUUUUUUUUUAAUCCCUUAUUUUCUUUCUCUCUGUUCUGGUGACUUGUCUUCCUUGGAGAUUUUUUUUUUUUCAAGAAUCGUUUUAUUCAACAUUUAUUAAGCUCUUAUUGAAUGCCAGACACCAUACGAGACUCUCAGGAUGUGGCAAUUCAGUGUAUCCAAUGGGAACAGCCUGGUAUGCAGAGACUGUGUUGUGCUGUGGGGUUGGCAAGAGAGUAGGACCAGGAGAAAGUGAAACCCUCAGUACGGCUGCUGGGCCAUGGGCCUCCCCUCUUCCACCUCCCAUGUGGAUUGCAGAAUUGUAGUCCUUCUCGCCCGUCAGGGAGACCCUGCAGAUCCCUAAGACAAGAGAUAAAGCGGGAUUUGAGAUAACAAUCUACCUUUGUUAACUUUUUCCAAGCUGUGGGAGUGCUUCCCCUCUACUGGCCCCCAGAUCAUGGGGUGCCUUUUUCCUUUAAAAUUGAGGGAUGUCUUAACAUACAUAUGGGCAAGUGCACAAAUCUUAGGGGUACAGAUGGAUGAAACUUGACCUAGGCGUGUACCGCAUCGCCACCUCUCAGAUCCAGACCGAGACUACUUCCAGAACCCCAGAAGUGCCCCUCAUGUCCCUGCUGUCCUUCUGCAAAAGGCAUUUAGAAGGCCAUUCAUAGCUGUACCUUCCUUCCUUUCACUGCUCGGGUAUAAUGAAAAAAGGGGAAAAACCCCACCAUCAACACAGGACAGGACAGUAAAGACCAUGUACCGUUUGGCAAGUCGAUUUAUAGUCAGUCCCUGGGCCUCAUUUUCCUCAUGUAAAACAUGUAUAUCCGAAGCUGUGUGAUUUUAGAAUCCUUUCGGCCCUCGCUUUCUUUGAUUCUAAGUGAAUGAGAAAGAGAGAAUCCGAAGGCAACGAAGUUUCCGUACAACAGCUUUUAGGCCCACAUGCCAUUGACCAAGUGGGAUUUUAAAAUUAGUUGGAAAAGGUAAGUUCCUCUUUGGGUGGGUUGAGCAUGGAACCACCAGUUAUAACCUACAAAAAGAAAAAGUUUUCCUUUAAGUUGAUGAUUUCAGGCUGACCAGUGCUGGUCUCCCACAUAUGCUGCCUAAACUCAUCUAUUAGUCAGAUUUUGUAAGUUAUUCAUCCAGACUUUGUCAAAGGCUCGGUUGCCAGGAUUUUGUAAACUAGUUGGGUUUCAAACAUGGACUGUUAGGAAGAUGUGCAUUGAAGUAGAAAAAUUUUGUUCAGAUUUGCUGUUAUUUAUUUUUUAAAUUAAAAAUGGAAAUGUAUUUUGAA